UUUUUUAAUAGAGUGUGGGGUGUGGGCUGUGGGAGCUGCUCCUGUGGGUUUUGGGUUGCCGAGUCAUUUGUCAAGAGUGACAGUCAUCGGAAAGUGGGAGUCGGGUCCAGUGUCCAGUGAGUCUUUAGAAGUUAGUUGAUAAUAAGAAAGCACUUUUUAAUUAAACUUGCCGCCAAGUAAGUCCGAGAAAGAGGGGAGGAGAGUUCUUGACACGAGAAGAACUCAUCGCUGAAGUCUUUCCCUCCUUCCUUAUUGACACAACUCAAAAUUCAUCAUCACCCCCCCCCCCACUUGCCUAACUAAGAUAGAAGGAAUGCAUGCAAGAACCAAACUAUUAACACCACGAAGAUGACGAACAACGGCACCAAGAACAAGAGACAGUCCUCUACUGAUGAUGAAGACCAGUACGAUCAACAAGAGCAAGCAGUAUCUUCUGCUCCCACUCGAUCUCUACUGAGUCCUCAUCGGGUCCCAAUUGACCUUCUUUUGGCGGGCUGGAAUCGUCUCGAGUCGGUGCCACGCUGGAUGAUGGAGCGAACCCUGGGCUUUGUCGUACCGACUUUACAGCAGCAUCAUCAUCACAGUCACAGCAGUAAUACGAGUUCCAUGGUGCGUCGCGUCUUGGAACAGCAUGAAAGUAGCGACGAAUUCAACUCGUUGCAAGUACUGAAACAAAAAUACGCCAAGGAGAUUCGCGCCAAUGCCGAAUUGCAAAGUAUGCAAAAACAAAUUCGCGCUCUCAAACAACAAUUACAACAACAACGGACGCAACGAGAAAAACUGGAAAAGAAACAAGCCGCGUGGCGAGACAAGGAACAAAAACAAUUGGAGCAUUCCACCUCCAAGUUGCAUCACGCACUCGCACAAGCAUUGGGCAAUAAUAAGACACAGUACGGCAAGGCAUUGUCGAGGGCUGGAAAUCGCAAAGCCAGGACAUCCACCAGUGCCAGUAUUGUCAAAAAGACGGUUUCCAAAGCCGCCAAAGCGGCCGCGGACACACUAAUAGCACCGGAACAACCGUUGACAUCGGAAGAACGAGACCGCAUCGAACUGGAAACCACCAUUUUGAAAACGAUGCAUAUCACCAUGAUUUUUCAAAAUCAAUGCGACAUUACCAGCACCAAUAGCAAACAAAUCACAUCCGCCCUCAAACGAGAACGGGCAUUGCUCGAUACACAACAAGCACAAGUGGCCAUGAUGCAAAUGGUACUCGAUGGGACCCAACGGGCGCUGCACGACAUUUACCCCGAAGUCAUUUUGCGGCAAGAGUGUCUCUUGGAUCGACUCAUGAGUACUAGUAGCAAGUCGUCAUGGAUGACACCCAGUAUUCCCCGACUCAUUGCGCCGCCACCACAACAACAGCUUGGCGUUAGAACUCGAUCGGAUGGAAUUAGUGAUUUGGGAGAAUCCAUACGACCAGAACCCCAUGACACGACCAGUAGUGUGGGGGAUUAUGAAAGCAUUGGUUCCAACAAUAAUUGUCAUCAACCCAUGAUGUAUUAUGGCGGAGGAGGACCACCAGUCUUGACCACCGUUCAAGCAUUGCAACAGCAUACUCUGCAACACAUGGCUCUGGCAAGUUAGCACUAUACGACUGUAGAACGAAAGAGCGGAAUACAAACAACACCAACAUGACAAUCUCCUGGUGGAAACACAUUCCAACCAGACAAGGCUACACUUUUUAUCAUCCAUCAAUCUACAGCACACUUUUCACCCAAUCCUUCGAUAUUGAUAGAUCUCCAACCAUUUAGAAAGAAAUCUACAUCGUUGCGCCAGAUGUCUUUUUGAUUUUUGUACAAGCGUUUCCGCUUUAUUUUUUUUAUGCCUC